GUGGGGCCGUGGCCGGUGGCGCUGAGGAGCCGGGCUCGCUGCCCCGGAUUUCCAACAAUGAUUAUCCCUUGUUUAAGAAACUUGCAGUUGCAGUAUCUAAAAGAAAACCGGUCUAGUUUCAAUACAGCAAGCAAAACAAACAAACAAAAACAUGAAAUGACAAGAUAUUUGAUACUGCAUUGUAUGGGACAAGAAGUCCUUAAAAGGAGAAGACAUAUAGAAAAGGAUGUCUCAUUUAAUCAAAGGAGUUAAAAAAUGUUAUGGUCUUUCUGUCAGUCAAAUGCACAAAGUAACAGGAUUUCCAUUUAAAACACCCACACUCAAAAGCUUACUAGCCUAUCGUGGGCAACAAUUAAAAACUUCACGUACAUUCUCUAAACUUAGUUCUGAAAAUGCAGACUCUUAUAGUUACAUCAUAGUUGGAGCUGGAUCAGCAGGGUGUGUAUUAGGCAGCCGAUUGACUGAAGACCCCCUUAGUACUGUUUUACUUUUGGAAGCAGGCCCUAAAGACACCCUUCUAGAUAGUAAAAGAUUAAUGUGGAAGAUUCAUAUGCCUGCUGCAUUAACCUAUAAUCUUUGUGAUGAAAAAUAUAAUUGGAAUUACCACACAACACCACAAAAGCACAUGGAUAAUCGAAUUAUGUACUGGCCCAGAGGUAGAGUGUGGGGUGGCUCCUCAUCUCUCAAUGCUAUGGUGUACAUUCGGGGGCACGCAGAAGACUACAAUCGAUGGCAUAGAGAAGGUGCUGUGGGAUGGAACUAUGAAUUUUGCUUGCCUUAUUUUAAGAAGGCACAGACUCAUGAGCUGGGUCCUAACCUGUACAGAGGUGGGAAUGGACCAUUGCAUGUGUCAAGAGGAAAGACGAACCAUCCUCUUCAUCAUGCAUUCCUGGACGCAGCCCAGCAGGCUGGCUAUUCUUUCACAGAUGAUAUGAAUGGUUACCAACAAGAAGGAUUUGGCUGGAUGGAUAUGACUAUACACAGAGGUCAAAGAUGGAGCACAGCUAGUGCUUACCUUCACCCUGCCAUAACACGCCCAAACUUGUCCACAGAAGCUAGAACACUUGUAACGAAAAUUUUGUUUCAAGGGACAAAAGCCAUAGGGGUUGAGUAUGUCAAGAAUGGGCAAAGGAAAAAGGCGCUUGCCAGUGAGGAAGUGAUUUUAAGUGGAGGUGCCAUAAAUUCCCCACAGCUACUUAUGUUGUCUGGGGUUGGAAAUGCAGAUGACCUCAAAAAAUUAGGGAUCCCUGUUGUUUGUCACCUUCCUGGAGUAGGCCAGAAUCUUCAAGAUCAUUUAGAAGUGUACAUACAGCAGAAGUGCACCAAACCUAUUACUCUCUACAAAGCACAAAAGCCUGUUAACAUGGCAAAGAUUGGUUUAGAAUGGCUUUGGAAAUGUACAGGAGAUGGAGCUACUGCCCACUUAGAGUCUGGUGGGUUUAUUAGAAGUCGGCCAGAUGUUCCUCAUCCAGACAUUCAGUUCCAUUUUCUUCCUUCUCAGGUGAUUGAUCAUGGACGUGUUGCUUCCCAGCUGGAAGCUUACCAGGUUCAUGUUGGACCCAUGAGGAGCAAAAGUGUGGGCUGGCUAAAGUUGAAAAGUAAAGAUCCAAGGGACCAUCCUGUGAUUGAACCAAACUACUUAUCAAUGGAAACAGAUGUGUGGGAAUUUCGUCAGUGUGUCAAGUUAUCCAGAGAAAUUUUUGCUCAGAAAGCUUUUGAAAAAUUCCGUGGUCCUGAAAUUCAGCCAGGAAGUCAUGUACAGUCUGACAAAGAAAUAGAUGCUUUCAUAAGACAGAAGGCUGAUAGUGCUUAUCAUCCUUCUUGUACCUGUAAAAUGGGGCAGCCGUCUGAUACCACUGCUGUGGUUGAUCCUCAGACCAAAGUAAUUGGGGUUGAAAACCUGAGAGUCGUAGAUGCCUCAAUAAUGCCCAGUGUGGUCAGUGGGAAUUUGAAUGCCCCCACCAUCAUGAUAGCAGAAAAAGCUGCUGAUAUGAUCAAGGGGUUCCCAUCACUCAGUGAGAAAAAUGUUCCUGUAUAUAAACCUCAAACCUUGGAAACACAGCGAUGAACAAAAUGCCCACGCUUAUUUUCCAGGUGAGUUUUUGCCCACAUAUGGAAAUCUUACAUUGGACUUUGCCAAGAGAAUAAAUGUAUUGCUACAAAAAAUUACAGGUAGGUAUUAAUUCACUACCUCUCUGAUAUUAAGAAGGUUGUAGCAGUCAUUUAAAAAAUAUCAAGUUGUUUGCAGUAACUGUCCAUAUUAGUCAAGCAUUUGGGUGAUACCAAUUUUUGUAAUGUAGUUUGAAGUUUAUGCUGAAGAGGGUCAGUUCUGCCUUACAAAAAGAAAAGGCAAUCAUGUGAGCCGUCAAGGAGUUCAAGACCUGUAUGGCUGAGCGUGGGAUGGUAGAAGUGGAUGUUUGCUGCUUUGUAUAGAACAGUAAGACACUUAAAACUGCUUCUGUGCUUGGGCUUACAGAUGUUGUCAGAGGCCUCAAUGGAGCCACAAUCCUAGCAAGUGAUGUAAGGGUUGCCUUUUAUGUUGAAUCUCACUUAGUAUUCUUCGUAUGCAUGAUUGUCCUUGACAAUAGUUAAUAAGCAAGAUCCCCAUCCUGAAGAAUACUUAACUUUCUGGACUGUGUGUAAAGUGAAACAUCUAUGAAAGUAUUUGCAGGAUCAGGGCCCAAAAUAGUGAACACUCACAUUAAUGCAGAGAAAGGAAUUCCUAACAUUACAUAAUUUCUUUUCUAUAUAAUCUUGCAGAGGCAAUACACAGUUUACAACAUCAUCAAGAGUUUUACUCAUGUUGAGUAGUUCUUGAUUUUAGUGGUCUGUUUAUGGAGUAAGGUACUACUCAGCAUAAGCAACAGUAUAUCUGUCAGGCCCCAGGUAAUUUCAACAUAGCUAUCAAUGUCAACUUCAUUUAUUGGUGCUUGCGUAAUCAUUUAUAGUAACGUGGGUAAUGUAUUGUGGAGGUACUGAUCACAGCUCCAUUGUUAAGGUUGAGUUGAGUUUUAAACUUAAAUGCAUACAUAUAGUAUUCGGGUAAUGGUAUAAUCAAAUUAAAAAGAUAUCCAUAUUUGAUAUACAGUGUGCCUUAAUAGCCUCUAUAAAAACAGAAACAGCAAUUAUUUAAAAUCUCUAUAAUGGUAAACUCUCCAUGUUCUUUGUAUUUAACUUAAUAAAAUUCAGUUAAUAACUUAAUUUGUUUUAGGUGUGUAAUGCAAAAUGGAAACUUGCCUUGUGUCACUAUUGUAUGUUUAAGGGGGCCAUGGAAGGUGAUUGUACAGCUGUAAACAGGGCCGGCUCCAGUGUUUUUGCCGCCCCAAGUAACGGAAAAAAAAAAAAAGCCGCGAUCGGCGGCAGCUCUACCGCCGCCGCUUCAUUCUUCGGCGGCAAUUUGGCGGCAGGUGCUUCUCUCUGAGAGGGACGGAGGGACCCGCCGCCGAAUUGCCACCGAAGACCUGGACAUGCCGCCCUUUGCGUUGGCCACCCCAAGCACCUGCUUGCUGCGCUGGUGCCUGGAGCCGGCCCUGGCUGUAAAGGAUGAAACCGACUUUAAGGCCUGGAUGUUACUAAAGUGUAAAUGUUGGUUUAUUUUUAAAAACAAAAUGACCUGCUGUCUAGAGAGAUCUUUUACCAUAUCAGAUAGAUGCUUGUCUGCCCCUGUUCAGUUAACUUGAACAUCUUGGCUCAUUUACUUUAAGAAGAAUAAAUACAUCUUGGCUCUACUACUUUGAUAAUGCUUGCCUAAUGGCCAGACUAUUCUGGAUGUUUGCUGAGAAAAAUCCUUUACAGAUAUCCAUCAAUGGCCCUUUCUUGAGUGUGUUCUAACAGCUUUCCUGAUAUCGUUACAGUUCACGGGAAGUACAGGCCCUGCAUCGUGAUGAGUUAUUGCAAGGUAAUAUGGAAAUCCCCAUAGAAUGGAAUAGUGAAUGGAGUAGAAACAGGAUGGAAAUCACAAUCUUUCUUUUCCCCACCACUAAUAGCAGAGGAGGGAGGGAAAUAAUCUUUAUUCUAGCCUGCCUCUGCACUCCUUACUCUUACAAAUUUGAAUGGGAAUUUUUGCCAUUCAGCCUCAGCCCGUCAUUCUUUUUGUUGUCCCACCUAAGUCAUCUGUUGAAUCUUGCUAGAGUUUGUACAUUUAAAAAAAAAAGUCAUUUAAAUCCUGUCUUAUACUUUGAUUUUUUUAAAAUCUGCAUGAUGUUUAAUGUAAACAAGGAAAUGUGCAUAAUCCUUGCACAAGCUGUCAUUACGACAAUUAAACUCCUGUGAAAAUUUUUGCUAU